UACAGAGAAAGUGGAGAAAGGAAAUUAUGGAGAUCAUGAAAAUAAUGGCUCAUUUCUCUGUAAUUCUCUGAGGUGAUGCAAGUUGAGUUGGUGAAACAAGCUAGAAAUCUGGGUUCAAGGACCCUGUGUUCUGGUCUAGAUUGAUGGAUAGCCAUUCAAGGCUAGAGAAGUUAAAUUAUUUAUAGUGGUUUUUGGAGAACUGUUUGACAAUGAAGUCCAGGAUGGGAGGAUGUUAAGGGAUUGGGUUGGGAGGAAAGGGGUUUACCUCAGUCCCAAAGACACUCCAAGGACAGGAGGAUGGAUAAUGCUCAAAAGGAGGAGGGGAGGUGCCCAGUGAAAGCUAUAUUUAGCCCCUUGCCUUCCUCCCUCCUUUACUUUCUUGUGCUAUGUUGCUUUCUGUAGUCCUGUUGCUGGUCCUGCUAGCUACCUUUGGGUGGCUAUGGAUGCGGCGAACUGUCUCACCGUAUCAUUUCCCACCUCUAGUCCCUGGUUUCCUCCAUUUCUUUCAAGCUGAUCUCCCAAGCCAUUUGCUGAGCCUUGCACAGAAGCAUGGGCCCCUCUAUCGGGUUCACUUUGGGAUGCAAGAUGUCGUGGUGCUGAACUCCAAGAAGGCAAUUGAGGAGGCCUUGAUUAAGAACUGGCUGGAUUUUUCAGGGAGACCCCAAACAUUCACUCACCAAGUGGUAAGCAAGGACAGCCAUGACCUAUCUCUUGGAGAUUACACUCCACUAUGGAAGGCCCAGAGGAAGCUGGCUCGUUCUGCUCUUCUGUAUGUCCAGAAUACCAUGGAACCCAUCAUAGAGCAGAUGGUACAGGACCUGUGUAAGAGGCUCCUUGCCCAGGCUGGGUCUCCCGUGUCCAUAUACGAGGAGCUCUCCAUGUUCACUUGUAGCAUCAUCAGCUCCCUCAGUUUUGGAGAAAAGAGAGAGUCUGAAAUCCAGCUAUUUUACAACUGCAUUCAGGAAUUGAUGGUAGCCUGGGAUUCUUGGCAAAUCCAGAUCUUGGACAUCCUACCCAUUCUCAGGGUUUUCCCCAACUCAGGUCUCAGGAAACUGAGACAGGUGGUAAAGAAACGGGACAGAAUUGUGCAGGAGCAGUUGACAUGGCACAAGGAGACCAUGGUGGAAGGACAGACUCGGGAUCUGACCGACUACAUGCUACAAAAGCUAAGGGAACAAGCAGACGGGCCAAACCGGCUUUCCGAGGAGCACGUCCACAUGACGCUGGUGGACAUGUUCAUCGGAGGCAUGGAGACCACGUCGUCCACCCUCACCUGGGCUGUGGCCUUCCUGCUUCACCAUCCAGAGAUCCAGAAGCGGUUGCAGGAGGAGCUGGAUGAAGAGCUGGGGUCGGGCUCCUUGGGAAGCCUUCCCAACUAUCGGGACAGGGAUCGGUUCCCCCUGCUCAAUGCGACCAUCACCGAGGUGCUGCGGCUGCGCCCGGCGGCCCCCUUGGCUCUGCCGCACUACACCAGGCAGCCCAGCACCAUAUGCGGCUUUGACAUCCCCAAGAACACCACCGUUAUCCCCAACCUCUAUGGUGCUCACCAUGACGACAGUAUCUGGGAACAACCUUAUGAUUUCAGGCCUGAUCGUUUCUUGGAGCCAGAACCAAGCCAGGCCGGGAUCCCGUUCAGCUGCGGGGUCAGGGUGUGCGUGGGAGAGGCCGUGGCCCGCUUUGAACUCUUCCUGAUCCUGGCCCAGCUGCUCUGGACUUUCAAACUGCUGCCUGUGGAGGGCAAUCACUCGUUGCCCUCUCUGAAGCCCAAGUUUGGGUUCAUUAUAAAGGCCCCAAACUUUCAGGUACGGCUAUUGCCCCGGAGACAGGAGCUGGAGUGAUGGCC